AUGUCUCGGCCUAAUAUUGAGGUGCUGGAUCACCGCAAGGGCAAUUUGGGCCAGAGAUCGACAAUGCGACAGCUCGUGGAUCUGCUGCCAGCAUGGCUCUGGCUUCUGCUCAUCCUAGUCGCAAGCAUCGUCAUCAGGCAGCGCUGGCGAGUGUUCCAGGGCAAGAGAAGAGCAAGAGCAUCUCUACUGGCUCAACGAAGGAGGGCAGGCAUCCCUGACAAGGACAGGCGGCCGUGGAAGUUGGCCAUUGCAGAUGUAGAAGCAAAACGACGGCAAGAGCGACGGGAUGCUGCGACCACCAACGCUGUGCCCAGCAUGCAAAGACCGCAGUCAGGUGUAGACACACCUCAGCGCUCUCACCGACCGAGCUUGGGCCAACAUCUUUCGAAUUAUCCUCUUUCGGGCACCUCGACACCACGACACAUGAGCUACCGCUCGCCAAACGGCUCGGCUCGUGGAUCCGCCUACAUGUCGCCCGUGAGAGACGUUCUCUCGGCUCGUCCAUUAUCGCCGCAACGAGACGCUCAAUUUCCACGCGCAUCGCCGUCUGUGGCAGAGUGGCCAUCUCGCUCGAAUGCAGCAAUCGGUGCGACUGCACGACGCGACUUGCCAGCCUAUGAGAACUCAUUCGCAAGUUCUUAUGUCUCGCCCGCGAUGAUGCGCCGCAAUAUGCAAAUGCGCGUACCGCCUUCGCCUGCUUCAAGGAUACGUGAUGCUAACAUGAUGAUUGCCGACGACAAUGCAACAGACAGCUCUCAGCAAGUCGAGACGAAGCGCAGACGACGCAUCGAGACAGAUGGGAAUGACGAAGAAGCGCAAUGGGCAGAUCGACACAUGGACGACGACGACCCUGCGUCUACUCGCGCAGACGAUGUACCUCCCUCCAAGAAGGGUACGCAACAACGACAACGAAAACGCAAGGAGCACAAUGAGGACGAAGAAGCGAGCUCGCCACAGAAACAAGCUCGUCGCAGGCCCGCAAGUCCGAGCAAACACAGCAAACGAAAAGCAAGCGACGAGCCUGAUGAAACCCCAUCACCACGAAAGCGAAGUCCAAAACAGGCCAGAAAGACAACGGUCACGGGCGACGUCAAGCGCAAGGCCGGCGAAGAAUGGACAAAUGCAGAUGGCGACAGAUUUCGUCUGGAUUCUGACGGUAUUGAAAGAAAACUUGUGCUCAUACGCGAAGUCAAGCCAAAGUUUCGAAUGCCUGCAGACUCGAAGCAUCCAGAUCGAAACCUGAUGCACAAGGUGCUCGUCGAGAAGUGGCUCACCGAGGCUGAGUACGAUGAAGCUAAGCGCAAGCAAGUCCUAGGCUGGCAGCCAGAUCCAGACGAUGCUCCCACUAGCCCACACACCACGGCGAGGUCGCCUAUCGAAAAUGGGCCUUCCAGUCCGGCCUCUAUGGACAUGAGCGACAAUUCUUCCUUCUUCACAAGAGGCACAGGGAAGCCAUUGCGAGGCAGACUCUCAUCGGUGUCUGCUAGUCUCGUCAACAGUCCAAGCAUGUCCAGUCUUCUUGGCGCCAACGGACGUCUUCGUCUAGCCAGCGGUAUAGCAAAUCCAUCGAGUCCAUUGAGGAGCGACAGUCGGAAUCUGUCAAAGGUUCGGGCAGCGCUGGAAGAUCCGUCGAAGCUUAGGGAGAUACCGGCUCUGCCUCGCUCCCGUACUUUCGGCAAGCUGAAGAUGUCAGACUACGUCAAGUCAGCUGCCAUGAACGAGCCUGUGCCAGUGCCAGUGCCAGCGCUCGCGCUUGCAUCAGCGCCUAGCCCGCUGCCGACUGCAAGCGCAGCAACCCCGACCGCUGCUCCUGGCAUCUUCGCCUUCGGCGCUGCGGCCAAGGAAGAAGUUAACAAGCCUGCGACCUCCUUCUCAUUUGCACCAGCCGCUGUGACAUCGACUGUGAGUCCCGCACCUGCCGCAACCACACCGUCAACGGCUCCUGCAACGACGAGUCAGCCUCCCGUCUUCACGUUCGAUGCGCCCACGAAGCCCGCAGCGCCCAAGGCAGACUCUACGCCAACUCAACCAAGCACACCAGCUGCGCCGAUGUUCAGCUUUGGCGCGCCAUCGAACGCAGCAGCAGCUCCGAAACCAACGUCCCCCGCGCCGAUCUUCAAUUUCGGCGCGUCGGCGGCGCAGUCCAAUAAGAAGAAUGAGCCUGCGUCGCAGCCUAUCUUCUCCUUCGGGUCCACAGCUCCGAGCAAAACAGAUGCGUCUGCACCAAGCGUGCCCAAUUUCAACUUUGGUAGCACUGCUAGUGCGGCCCCUGCAGCAGGCUCGGCAAGCCCGUUCAACUUUGGCGCUGCACCGCCAGGUCAGCCAGCAGCCUCUACUGCGCCAACAGCAGCACCUGCAGCCCCAGUGUUCUCAUUUGGUGCGACGGCAGCACAGCCAGCGACACCAGCAGCAAAGCCAGCAUUCAAUUUUGGUACGCCUGCAGCUGCCUCUAGCCCAGCUCAGCCAUUCACCUUUGGCACGCCUGCCGCAGCGACCACGACCCCUGCAUUCACAUUUGGCGCGCCUGACACAGGUGCCAGCUUGCACAUCACGACGAGCAGUGCCAAGAUGGGUACCCAAUUCGUGCCUACGCAUCAUCAUCAAUCUUCGUUCUCGUCCAUACCGGCCUUUCCGCCGUCAGGAUUUGCGCCCGCAGCGUCAAGCUCGGUACUGCCGACGGCCGGCUUACCGCAGCCGACACGCAUCCUGGUACUCAAAGGCUUCUCCGUCGAGCUCAAGACCAAGGACAUCCAGGGACUGUUCAGCGAGUGGGAAGACGAUCGAGGCGGCUACAAGAUCAAAUGGGUUGACGACGAGACUUGUCUGCUCAUCUUUGCCGAUGCUGGCGUCUGCAAAAGAGCCUAUCUCACUUUGCUUGCAAGCUGGGAUGAGAGCUUGCCCGAAUCUAUCACGCAUCUGACCAACCCGGACAAGCCUCCUGCCACUUUACGCGCAUACAGAGGCGACGACGCAGCCAAUAUUAUUCAAUCUGUCCAGACACGUCCUCGCAGUCGCUCGAAUGCAUCCCAUUCACGCAAAAGUAGCACCGUCGGCGGUACGCAGCACGGUCGCAAAGAGUCAUUCGCAAACGGCCGCCCAUCUCAUGGCCGCAACAUGUCGACUGCUUCCGUCGGAGGCACGCCACUGCCACCCAUCAUGAGCCGCAGCAAUAGCGCAGGCAAUGCUACUAGCCCUCGCAAAGCCGAAGGCGAAUCGCCACCUGCAGCUGUUCCGCCCACGUCACCUGUGCGCAAUCGCAUCGGCGCAGAAGGCAAUCGUCUCGUGACGAACAGUCUAGGUGGUCAGCGUCAUGCUGCACGCGCUGCCGCCGAGUCUGCUCGCUCGUCGAGCGCCGAGCCGACGGACAAUUCUCCAAGAGCUAGCGAGCGCGAACGUAGCGUCUCGCCCACGAUCGAGCGCAUCGAUGAAUGA